ACAAAAUAAAAAAUCUGAAUUUUAUGUAUCUAUAUUCUUUACUUAGUAUUAAGGUUGAGAUCAUAGUUCAAUUAGUCAGAACACCGCCCUGUCAAGACGGAGGCUGUGAACAUUAAAGUUUUAUCAGUCUUGACGGAUUCAGUAAAUAUAUCAGAAAUCUCUAACUAGGAUGAGAAUGUCAUUAGUGAUAGUUAUUUUCCUCCUACAUCUCAAUCUUCUUCAUGCUUUCUCUUUGUCAUCUCGUUUUCUCCUUCCUCCAGUGCAUGUAGAUGAUGAAGUUGUGACAAUUGAUAAACGUGGAGGUGGGGCCGCCAGUGGGCACGCUAGUGCCCACAGUGGCUCCUCAGGAGGACGAGCGUCGCGUGGUGGGGGCUCGGGAAGGUCACCUAACAUUGGUACUGCAGGUGUAAUCCCAGUGUAUGCAGCAGGAGCUAUGAACCAUCACAAUUAUGUUAAUGGAGGCCAUCAUAAUGUUGGGACUACCCUCAAUUGCAGUUGUUUUUCUUCUUUGGUUUUCAUCACUUGUAGCAUACUUGUUAUGAUUUUGUAAUUAUAUGUAGUAUCUUUUAGAGAUAAUGGUCAAAAUACAUCUGAAUUCGUGUCAUUUUGUAAUGCACUUUCUACCUGAUUACUAUAUAUCAGGUGCUUGUGUUUUUUAUCUGUACAUACUAUCGUGAACUAUUUAUCAGAACACGCCUCGAAAUCAAUGAGUGAUCAGCUGCCAUGUGGACAGUAUUUUAUGGGCAAA